AUGGCGACGGAGUUAUGCUUGGCGAGUCCAAGAAUCUCCUUUUCCCAAGGUAUUCCUACCGCUUCCGCCGGAGGCGGCGAAAGCCAGCGAUCCGAUGGUUCCCUGCCGCUAGAACCAGUGGCGGGCGAUUUCAACUUCAGCAUUGGCUCGCAGAUCUCGGCCGAUCACGCAUCCAAUGCCGAUGAGCUCUUCUCUAACGGUAAGAUACUCCCCUUCUUCAAGAACCCCGGCCCAGCUGAAAACAAACCAGCCAGCCAGGUUCCACGGCGGAUCUUCGAUCGCCGCGGUAGUCUCCGAGAGCUUAUUGAAUCCUCCACUGGAUCUGGCGACGGAAACCCUUCAGCAGCCGGCGAUCUUCGUGGAGCGGGCCGGCGAUCGUUCUGGCGGUUCGGUCGAAGCAGCAGCGUGGGUAGCGUGGCUGAUCAUGGCUCGAUCUUUUCUUUGCCUCUAAACCGCUGCAAAUCCACCGGUUCGUACCCCAAUCCGGCUUACCAGCAGCCGCAGAUCGCUCGGACUAUGCUCGGUAGCUUGAAAAUUAGGUCAAAUUCGAAUCAGAGGAAGACUUAUUACUUCACCGGAAGCCAAAGAGGUUCCCACGGUGGCGCGGUUCGGAUCAACCCCAUUCUAAAUGUGCCGGCCCCUAUCAUCCCAUCGGGCGGCGGCGGAGGCGGUAGCGACUCCGGCGCUUCUAACGGCGCCAUCGGCGGCAUCUUCGCUUACCUACUCUGCAAUUGCGGCGGCCAAGGGAAGCGCGAUGAGUUCGGGGAUUUCCUCAACCCAUCGCAACGGAACGGGACGGCAAGCGUCACCUUUGCUGGUUAG